AUGGAUUAUUCUACCAAUUUUACAUAUUUAACACUGGAAGGACAUGUUGAAUUAGAGCAUUACAGAUAUCUUUAUUUUAUAUUUACACUCACUGUCUAUAUAAUGAUUAUCUGCUUUAAUACUGUUAUCAUUUCUGUCAUAUUCAAAACGAAACGUCUCCAUGAGCCCAUGUACAUUUUGAUUGCUGCAUUGCUUUGUAAUGCUCUCCUUGGAUCAACAGCUCUCUAUCCUAAACUGCUCAUUGAUUUACUGUCUGAAAAACAAACUGUGUCUUAUAAAGAGUGUUUAUUUCAGGCAUUUUGUAUUUACACAUAUGCUGCAUCAGAGUUCACACUGUUAUCGACUAUGGCUUAUGACAGAUAUGUAUCCAUCUGUAAACCAUUACAAUAUGCAACUCUUGUAAAAAUGACCACGGUCAGAAAGCUCUUAUUUUUAUCAUGGUUUUUGCCUUCUUGUGAAGUUGGUGUCGGUGUUAUUCUAGCAUCCCAACUUCAACUGUGUAAAUUUAAAUUGAACAGAAUAUACUGUGAUAAUUAUUCAGUUGUGAAAUUAAGCUGUAAAGAAACAUCACUUAAUAACACAUAUGGACUUUUUAUUUUUAGCAUUGCUGUAUUUCCUCCAGUGAUCUUCAUACUUUACUCUUAUGUCAGGAUCCUCUCUGUGUGUUUAAAUAAUUCUAAAGAUUUCAGAAGAAAAGCUCUACAGACCUGUUUACCACAUCUUCUCAUUUUCACAAAUUUUUCUGUCAACGCAAGUUUUGAAAUUAUAAAUUCUAGACUUGAAUCCAAUCAAAUUCCCCACAUUAUUGCCAUGAUCAUGUCGGUUGAAUAUUUACUUAUUCCUCCUUUAUUCAAUCCUAUAAUAUAUGGAUUAAAACUGCAGGAGAUUUAUAAUAAUAUUAAGAAAAUAUUAAAAUGUCAAACAAGAACUCAUGUUUCUUUUUAG